AUGGACAUAAAAGAUAUGGAAUUUUUCAAUUAUGUUAACAAUCUAAGGGGUGUAGAACUGUCAGGCCUAUUUUCCACUGAAUGGUUUGAGUUGCAUAAGAAUAUAGUUCUUAUCAACGUCUACUUACACAGUAAUAGUGACAUAAUUGAUAGCAUAGAAGAUAAAAGAAUGAACGCGCUUGUGAUGAGGUUUGAAACAUUACUAAGGGAAUUAAUUACCACCUACUUUAUACGAUUUCUGAAUUCAAACGAAAAAAGUAAAAGCAAUAAGGAGAGCUUAUCAUUCGAGGAAAAGGAAGAAUUACAAAAUGAGAAGAGUAAUCUUUACCACGAAUUGACUAUCUUAAAUAUUUUUGAGUUUAUAUUAUUUUCUGACUAUAUUUAUGAAAAAAUAGACUCCUGUAUGAUAAAUUUCUUUGCCUAUAUCUAUUCUAAUUUAGUGUCUUUUCUCAAAACCAAUUCUGAGGAAUAUUUUGUAAAACCCAUAAACGAACUAUCCAUAAGCGAAAUACUAAAAGAAGAAAACGACAAAACGUGUAAUAUUGACAAAUUAAAAAUUUAUAUGAACGUUAUAAAUAAUCUGAGGAAUAUAACGGAUAGGAUUCAUCUCUUAAAUAACACUGUUGUUAAUAAAAUAGUAGAUUAUGACAUUUUACUAAUAUUAGUUCCACUCCUUGAGAAAAGACCAUGGAGACAUGAAAACUACGUAUUUGAAAAGAAUGAGUGGGUAAAAACUGAAGAUAAUACUUUAGCAGCUACUGAAAAACAACUGUGGUUAAUUUUGUAUACCCUUAUCCUAAAUAGAACUUGCCAGGAAAAAUAUGAAAUGACUAAUUACAGAAGGAAUAACAUCUUGAAGCUCAGGAAAUACAUGAACGAAAGUUUGCAUGAACAGCUACCUCCUAUGAAAACGCUGCACACAUUUAUAGAACAUUUGUACAUAUCAAAAAGUGUGUUCCCUGAAAACAAAAAUUCUUAUCUAAUUAUCGAUGUGGUGCCCGAAAUUUUUGACGAAAUAAAAAGUGACAUGUUGAAAAACAAAAAAAAAAUAAUAUCCUUAUUAAAUAAUAUAACAAUUGAGAAGGAUGUUUUAAGGAAUAUAUCAGAUAUGUACUUAUCCAUUUACGAGGUUGACCAACAGAUUAACACAAAAAACAAUAGAAAUUCUAAAGAAAACGAUGAACAAGAAAAAAAAACUGAGUGUAACGAAGGAGAAGAGGCAAUUUUUGACGAUCUUUACCUUUGCAACAUUUGCAAGGAAAACGCUGAAUUGCAAUGUUCCCAGUGCAAACGAAUUUACUAUUGCUCGAAAGAAUGCCAGAUGAAGGACUGGUUUAACCACAGAGAGGUUUGCUCAAGUGCCGAAUGA